ACAUCGCAUAUCCUAAACAAAAACUUAAACUUAAACACUAAAAAUUCGUUUCGCAUAUUUUCAAAAAGAAACACAGAUUUCCUGAAAGGACUGACACAUUAUUUAUUAUUAAAACGAAUUUUAAAUUGAAAGUUUUCCUAAUGCAAUUUCGAUUGGCAUAAUGAAAGUCUUACUUCUACUUUGCCUUAUUCUUGGCUCGCUGCUCUAUGCCCUGGCGUCAGACAGAAAGUAUUCGAUAUUUUGCCACUGGAAUACUGCCGCCUACGACCGCAAGAAAUCUAGCCAUUUUAAUUUAUGGAGCAUAGACAGGAGGCUUUGCACGCAUUUUGUAUAUGGCUCGGUAACCACCUUGGACCCGAAGGGAUCUGGGGCCAUGAAAAUUGUUAACCCACGAUUGGUCGAAAAAAGGGCGAUCUUCGACAGUAUCGAAAAUAUGAGACGUGAUAACUUCCAGGCUAUCAUCUCAAUUGGCGGAACGAAGGAUGAUGCGCAAAGGUUCUCCGAGAUGGCAGCGAGCAUGCCCAAACGCGAUCAGUUUUAUAAAUCACUCAUUAAAUUCCUCUUCAAAUGGAAUUGUAGUGGCGUCCUUUUAGAUUGGGAGUAUCCUACACCCGAGGAUCGCGACAACUAUGUGAAUCUAUUAAGCGAGCUAAAGAUUAUUCUACAGGACCAUCAAUUUCUACUGUUGGUUUCCGUUUCUGCCAGGAUGGAUGAUGCUACUCUCCGGUCUUAUGACAUUCCUCGUAUAGCGAAUUACGCCGAUUUUAUUAUUCUAAAUACCCAUGACAAUGAAGAUCCUUAUGGUCCCAAGGUUGAAUACAACUCGCCGCUCUACGGAAACGGCAGCAGAAGUGUGGAGCGAGGUGUCCGGCACUGGGUCGAGCAGAGCAAAAUAUCAGAGAAGCUAAUCCUUGGCAUUCCACUAUUCGGGCGGACCUUUACCCUGGAGGACGCAAGCAAAACGGCUGUGGGUGCGCCCAGCAAGGGUCCUGGUAGGCAACACGAUUUUUCAAGACAGGAGGGAUACAUGACCUAUGCUGAAUUUUGCGCGCAAGCGGUCAAGUGGGAAAAGAAAUAUGACAAGCAGGCGCAGGUGCCAUAUGCUUAUAUGGAUGACCAAUGGAUCACCUACGAAAAUGGGCACAGUAUCAGCGCUAAGAUGCACCUAGCUAAGGAACAAAGGCUGGGUGGUGCGAUGAUGUGGUCCCUCGAUGCGGACGAUUUCCAUGGCCUAUGCGGGGAACACUACGGACUACUCAAGGUUGUCGUAGCGGCCAUAGGGAGCCCGGAUAUUCUCACUACGAAAGCGCCCACAACUGAGGGUGUCGGCCUGUGCCCAGAGCAAGGAUUAUUCCGCCACAAAUGGAAUUGUCAGGCAUAUUAUGAGUGCCGCGAUGGCAGGCGCACUGACUACGAGUGCUUGGAUGGGGAGUUCUUCAACGAGGAACUCGGUCAGUGCAAGCCCUCCGCCGAGGUAAAAUGCAUUCAGAAUUUUGUCACCUGGCGUCCCGGACAACGCGGCUACAGCUUUCUCAAUUUGCCCUUGAAUCUGAAGGUGCUCGAAUAACUCGCUGUAACUGGGCUAACAUGAAAUACAAAUAAAUGCAAUUAAUUGUUUCGGCUGUGUACUUCAAA